GGUAUUUUGAACAUUGAGCCCCAUUUCUGGUUGGUCUCAGUUGACACCGAAGUUUUCAGAAAUGUGCAACUCACCGAGUGGUUAGUGGUGUUCGUUCGUUGUUCCAAAUCAAGUAUCGUAGCGAAAUACAGUUUCUACUGGGCAAUGAUUCUUCCAACAGGAAUCAAUGGGAUUUAUAAAAUGCGAUACAUGUGCAAUAAAACAUGACAGAAACUGUAUUUCGCUACGAUACUUGAUUUGGAACAUCAACGUACACAACAACUCGGUGAGUUGCACAUUUCUGAAAAGGAACGUUUAGGGUUGUUUUAAGGACAGGUUUGUGCAUGCACGUAGCCAGCCAUUGUGUUAGCCAAUACCCGAGAAAGGACCAAUAGUCAACAUUUUGUGUGUGUGUGUGUGUGUGUGUGUGUGUGUGUGUGUGUGUGUGUGUGUGUGUGUGUGUGUGUGUGUGUGUGUGUGUGUGUGUGUGUGUGUGUGUGUGUGUGUGUGUGUGUGUGUGUGUGUGUGUGUCUAACAAUAUGUGAUGCUCACCUAGUCCUCUUAUUUUGAGUAAUGAAAUGCAGCCCUUUUUUCAGGAAUGUAUGGACAAACUGAACCUCAGGAACUUGGUGUCUAUUUCAAUGGAUGGGCCCAAUGUGAAUUGGAAACUCUUCGACCUUUUCCAGAAAGAUCAAGCUGAGCAGUACGGAGGUCUUCAGCUCGUUUGUGUGGGGAGCUGUGGCCUACACACGCUACACAACUCCUUUAAGUGUGGGUUCACUGUAUGGCAGCUGGACAAAUUGCUGAGAGCAAUGCACACAUUGUUUCACAAUACGCCUGCCAGGAGAGAGGAUUACAUCACCGUAACCAAGUCCAGUGUGUUCCCUCUAUCUUUCUGUGUCCAUCGUUGGGUAGAAAACCUUCUGGUUGUGGAGAGAGCCCUGGCAGUCUGGCCAUCAUUUCUCCUGUACAUGGAAGCUGUGAAAACAAAGAGACUCCCGAACCCUGGAACAGCAUCAUAUGACACAGUUGCAGCAGCCAUAAAGGAUCCACUCGUCUUGGCCAAAUUGCAGUUCUACGCAGCAAUUGCCAGGACCUUCAAUCCCUUCCUGAAAAAAUAUCAGACGGAUGAGCCUGUGCUCCCAUUCCUCCCCAAGGACCUGACCGAGUUGAUGAUGGUAACAAUUUACUUAACGUUAUAACCACUGAUUGGGCUCAAUUGAUCCAUUAUGACAAAAUGGGGUUUGUGGUUAGGAUGUGUAAAAAAUAGUGGCUACAUUGUGCAUCAUCAUAAGAUAAUUUGAUGUUGGUGAUUAAUGUGCCGCACCAGACAUUUUUGUGUUUGUCUGUUGACAGAGUCUACUCAGACGCUUCAUAAAGAGAGAAGUACUACACGAUAUCACUGCCCUGCAGCUGACCAAACUAGAUGUCACAGACAAGACCAUCUGGCUCAGCCCACAAGACAUCAGCAUUGGUCUAGGUGCAGAGUCAGUCCUUAAGAGAAUCAAAGGUGCAGAGCUCAGGGUGCUCGAGUUCAAGAGAGAGUGCAUGCAGGGACUGAGUAACAUGAUCAAGAAAGUGCAGGACAAGAGCCCCCUCAAGUAUCUGACUGUUCGGCAGAUGGUGUGCCUGGAUCCGUCAGUAAUGUAUAGAGAACCAGAAAGAGGCAGGAAUCACAUGAAAGGGCUGGUUCAAAGGUUUCUCCAGGACAGACAGCUUACUGAUACUUCUUCGGGGGAUGUCAUACUGCAGCAGUUCGACAGUCUCCUGUCCUUGGAGAGCCGGAGUGAGGACUUCCUCUCCUUUCAACCCAUGCAGAAGAGGCUGGACAUCUUCCUGAGCAGCGCCAUGGAGCCUUAUCCCGAGCUGUGGGCCUUCUGCAAGAAGCUGCUCAUCCUCUCCCACGGUCAAGCUACAGUUGAGCGUGGAUUCUCAAUCAAUAAAGAGGUGGAGUCUGAUAACUUGGCGGAGGAUACUGUGGUCACACGGAGACUGGUGUGUGACUACAUCAUACAACAUGGAGGUGUUACCAAGGUUCCACUCAGUAAACCGCUACUGGAAAGUGUAGCAAGGGCAAGGACAAGGUAUCGUACCCAUCUGGAGACCAAAAGAAGGAACAGGGAGGCAAAAGACCAGGCUCUCAAGAGGAGGGAAGCAGAGGACUGUCUUGAGGAGCUGAAGGUUAAGAGGAGACGUGUACAGGAGGUAUCUGAGGGUCUGGCUAGGGAUGCGGACAAGAUGGCUGAGGAGGCUGAAGCGAAGGCAGGGAGCAAGAUGGCUGGCCUGAUCACCAGGUCAAACAUCUUGCGGAGAGACCAUAAGGAGAAGUUGGCAGAACUGUCUCUCCUUGAUAAAGAGAUCGCUGCUAAGAGUGCAGAGCUUAGGAGUUGACUGUGUGAUGGUGAUCAUAAUUUUAUUUAUUGUUGAGUUGAUUUUCAUUGUUUAUUGUUCAGGAGUCUGUGCUGUUGGCGUAAGUACUCACCACUAUGCUGCAAUGUUCCAUCAUUCCAUAAUGCUUUACAGUCCACAUUUUCACAUUUGUUGAAAUAAAUGAACAAAUUUUGAACAAA